AUGAACAUUCACCAUAAAAUCAGGUUUAUUCAGUUCGGACAAUGCUUUGUUGCGAUUGAUCCAACUUGCUUUGCGCCGGGUUUUCAUGGACGUCUUCAAGAAUUAAUUAAUGAAAUGCGUGAUCUCAAACAAUUGAAUGAUGAGCAACCAGUGUUGAUCGCUGGUGAUCCAGAACGUGCUCAUAUGAGUAUGUGUGAUGAAGUUGGAGGAAUCGUCUAUAAGAAAACACAAUUGCUUCAUAUCGUAAGCAUUUUAUAUUGUUUCUAG